AGCUGGGAUUACAGGCGCCCACCACCACAUUUGGCUAAUUUAUGUAUUUUUGGUAGAGACGAGGUUUCACUAUGUUGAACAAGCUAGUCUUGAACUCCUGACCUUAAAUGAUUCGCCUCCCAAAGUGUUGGAAUUACAAGCAUGCGCCACUGAGCACUCAGGGCCCCUUAACGGACCUUUUUUAAAGCUCACCUAUCCUCAAUGUUAGUGUAUUUCAUGUGUGGCCCAAUACAAUUCGUCUUCUUCCAGUGUGGUCCAUGGAAGCCAAAAGACUGGACACCCUUGGUCGAGAACAAUGCUUGGCACAUGGUGGCUCUCAAAAGUCCAUUCAAUGCAUGAGUAAACGGAUGCGUCUAAUGCAAAACCUUAAAACCGGCAAGUCAAAAUCUCACCAAAAGGUGGAAAGAGGCAUUCACAGUAUUGGUUGAGUACGCAGUAAACAAGGUACUUGUACAACUAUGGACACCAAAGAAACAGCUUGAGAAUUAUCAAACACCAAUUUUGAUUUUGAUAAGGGCAGUCAUAACCCAAUAUUGGAAGAUUUUUAAUGAUUGCUUCUUCUUACCGUCUAACCACCCAGAGAAGAUGAAGGGUUAACCAAAAAGCACCAAAGGCAACUACCUAUUACCUUUGUUAUUCCCACAUAAAAAAUUGAGCAGACUUAUUGUUGAGGCAGAAGAGGCAGUCCCUCAAUGAAGCAAUACCCUGUUUGAAUAAUUCAGGAUGGGGCAUAGCCCAGCCCACACAGGGCUUUUGUGUGAGAGAACGUCCCACUCAGACGUCUGCAUUUCCGGUAUCUAGAGCCGGCUGCCCUUUUUAGAAACCCCACUGUUACAGUCGGGAUAGAAAAGAAAAGGCCCAGUUUACCAGGAGGCUAAAUAGAUUGUUCCUUCUUAGGCAAAUGUUCCACCUGCUUGGCCAAUUAGCUUCCUUUCCCGAAAGACUCGUUCAACAGGUUUCCUUUCUCUCUUCUCUGCCUCCUGGGUUGGGGAAAGAGGCUGUCACUUCGCUUCGACCCUCCCCUUCCCUCCCUCCCGGCUCUUCCACACUGGGUCGGACCAAUAGCGUCCGCUCCGACGUGUCCAGGUCGGCGGCCCGGGAGCUUGUGCGGCCCGGCCUGGAUGCGUGGGGCGGAGGCUGCAGGGGAGGAGGGCACGGCGCGGCUCGCUUGGCUUGCGCCCCGAGACCUAGAAGCCGGGACCAGCCGGGAACAGCCGGGCGCGCGGAGGUCUGAAGGUGCCCUCCCGACACGGCCCCGAUGACCGAAAUACAGCAAGAUGUGGAAGACACAAAGCCUGCGAAAGUGCUCGGGAAGAGGGAGAGCAAAGUUGGCUCAGCCCAUCUUGAUGAUCCUAGACAGACCCCCUAAUUCGAUGAAGUAGUGAUACUGGGCCACCUUCUGAACAAUUAACUAGAGGGCACAAUGACAAUGAGACCCGUUUUAAAAGGGAAGAGACCAAGCUCAGAGGCUGAGAAUGGUGUGGAGGAGAAAAAGAAAGCCAGCAAGUCGCCGACAGCCCAAUCCCCUACCCCAUCUGUGGAGGCGGACUCCCCAGACCAGAAGAAAAUCAUUAGCCUACGGUCAAAAUCCAGUUCUGAUGGUGCCUCUUUAGCAGGUGAUAAGAACGACUGUAAAACAGAAAGCAAAAAUGACCCUAAGACUGAAAGGAAAAAGUCUUCCUCUUCCAGCCAGUACAAGGCCAAUAUGCACUUUCACAAGUUGUUUCUUAAUGUUCCAACGGAGGAACCACUGAGGCAAAGCUUUACCUGUGCACUACAGAAAGAAAUACUAUACCAAGGAAAGCUCUUUGUAUCAGAAAACUGGAUUUGUUUUCAUUCCAAGGUCUUUGGAAAAGACACAAAGAUCUCUAUUCCAGCUUUCUCAGUAACGCUAAUAAAGAAAACCAAAACUGCUCUUCUAGUGCCAAAUGCCCUGAUCAUAGCAACGGUCACAGACAGGUACAUAUUUGUCUCUCUGCUCUCCAGAGAUUCAACUUACAAACUACUAAGAUCUGUGUGUGGACACUUAGAAAAUACAAGUGUUGGUAAUAGUCCCAAUCCAUCUUCUACUGAAAACAGUUUCCGAGAAGACCGCCCUUCAUCUCUGCCUCUGGAUUUCAAUGAUGAAUUCUCAGAUCUGGAUGGAGUAGUUCAACAAAGAAUGCAAGACAUGGAAGGAUACAGCAGUUCUGGUUCUCAGACUCCUGAAUCUGAGAACUCUCGAGAUUUCCAUGUGACAGAAUCCCAAACAGUUCUGAAUGUCUCCAAGGGAGAAGCAAAGCCAACUCGGGCAGAUGCCCACGUGAACAGAGUACCCGAAGGAAAAGCCAAGAGUCUCCCUGCACACGGUCAGUCAGAAACUGUUGGAAUCUUACAUAAAGUCAAGUCUCAGAAGUGUCUGAUGCUUCACCAUAUUCUUAUAUUCUACGCAAUUGUUUUCUGUCUCCUACUGCGGCUUUUUUUCCUUAGGCUUAAGUCACAUUUUCAUGGUUAUGCCAAACCCCGCAGAGGACUAAGUUCUGAUGUCUGUGCACUUAUCAUCUCGACCUUCUACAUGAGAUAUAGAAUUAAUACCCUGGAGGAGCGGUUGGGGCUGCUAACCUCCAUUGUGGACACCCAUAAUACUGCACAGACAGCACCAUCCGGCCUGAGGUCACAAGUACAAUUCAAUGUGGAGGUUCUCUGUCAAGAGCUUACAGCUAACAUAGUGAAAUUAGAAAAGAUACAGAAUAACUUACAGAAGCUGCUUGAGAAUGGUGACUGACCAGAUUGCUUGAGCCAUCAGUAUACCUCAUGUUUCCCUUUGAAGAAAGUGCAUCCCGAGGCGUUUUGUUUGAGCGCGCUCUGCUGGUCAGAGGCGCAAAUGGAUGAGAAUCCAGACAUUGCAUGUGGAGGUCUCCAGCUCAGAAAAUGGGGGAGGGAAAUAAUUUUGGUUCUUGUGCAAUAAAAGUUGACCUUGCCUCUCUGAGGAAGUUUUUGCUGCUGCUGCUGCCUGAGGAAAAUAGAUCCAUCUCUGGAGGUCUCAGGAAGCGCCCCCAACGGAUUCUCUGUUGGAUAAUUACCAUGAUGGCAUCAGCAAACACUCCACCCUGUGCCUUUUUAGUCCUUCCCACCCUCUUGCCUCACCCUUACAUCCCUCAUAACGACGUUCAAACUAAAGGAUACAUCGUAUAUCCACAAACUCAAUGUGGUCUUUUCAGGAAUUAGUCAUGAGUCUCAAAAACGCAAUAAAUGGCCCUAAAUGGACAGCUUUGCUUCAAACAAGUAACAUCUACAUUUUGUCUUUUCUUUCAGUUCUGCUGUUAUGUUCUGGUUUAAAUCACCUGUGUAUCUUAAUUUCUCAAUUCAAUUUUGGUAAGAAUAUCAAGCAAGGUGGAUUAAACAUUCUGUUUAUGUUUUGCUUUCUUGCUGUAACUAAUAGUUAAUUGGACUGAUUCUUGCCCAGUCCUGUUCAAGAAUCUGUGAGGCAUGUGACUGAAGUACUAAAUUAAACUUAUUUUUGAAACCAAACCUAAUUUUUAAGCCAAAAGAUAUCAUAGUGAUUUAAUGCAGGAUAAAAAACACUGAAGUUUUAAGAUUGUAAGUGGAUUAUGUUAGUAGUUUUGAAACAGGAUGUCUGUAUUCAGCAUUCAGUAAUGCUAAAAUCUAUUUCAGCAUGAGAUUUGUAUGUUUUUCUCCUUUGCUGACUAAAAUAAAAUAACUGGUGGUUUGCUAUUUACUGUAUGGGUUGGCUGGUUUUUAUUAAUAAUUGUUUAGGGUAUUAUAAGAUCCUGUAAGUAUAAAGAAUAUUCUGUUUCUAUCUGCAACGCAUUUGAUAACCAUUUCUAUGAAAUGUAUUUUACUUAAUCAGAUAAGCUAAUGAGUGAAUUGGUUACAUGGUUUGUAUCUGUUACCCUAGUGGACAGCUGUGCCUGGUGCACCUCUGGCUUUGAAUAAAUACUCAUCGGUUGAAACACCCUGCUAA